UGUGAGGCAUAGAAAGCUGCAGUGCUAAGAGCGGUUAACCUAAGAUUUCCUUUAGCCAAGAUAACUUUGAAACAGUGAUAUCAAAAUUAUUCUGAAGUUAUUGGGAUAGAAAGUAUAAUUUGGCUGUUUCUUUGUAAGAACGAAAAAAAGGAACGAAUCUAAGAAAGAAGAAAUCUCAAAACUAGCAAAACAUAAGAUAGGCUUAAUGUGAAAGAGAAAAUUACGAUGUAAAAUAAACUAGAAGUGUGCCGAAAGGAAAUUUUUUUUGCAAGAUUCUGUGAGUUGAUUACAAUACCACUUGGACCUACAUGAUGUUUGAAGAUGCUUUGGAUGAAGGUGCUGCGUCAUGUUUGGAUUCAGAGCACUGGGAAUUACCAUUAGAUCCUCAAAAAGAGGUUGUUGGCAAAUCCUUGGUAGAAGAAGGAAGUUGGGACCUACAGGAAGUUCUGGAUGAAACCAUUGGUGCACUGGAUCUGUUUCUCAACAAUAAAUUUAAUGAGUCUCUUAGUAUUAUAUCAUCCAGAGCACAUACCAGUAUUUAUCAUGGAGUAGGUCGUGGAAUGGUGUUGUUUAUACAAGCAGUAAUGACAAUGGAAACGAGUGAUAUAGACCUGGCUAUGGAUGCUUUGAAACAAGCUGUUAAAGUCUCUCAGAGAUACAGGAAGAAAGUGUCCACUGUAUCUCGAAUCUUUCAUCGUCCCGAUUACAAUACCUAUACUGAAGUUGAAGUCCAUGCAGAGCUAAUAUAUGCAGAGUGUUUGCUGAUGAAUGCUAUCUUGACCUUUGUAUACGAUCAAAGUUUACUCACGUUUUUGAAGGGAGGAAUCCGGAUUCGAUCUUGCUAUCAGUCUUAUAAAGAAUGCUUACAUAUCUUGAAAACACGCAACUUUGAAGAUGAAGGAAGAAAGAGACAUUUUGAGAGUGGAGUCUGCAUGGGUGUUGGAGCAUUUAACUUGAUGAUAUCACAACUCCCAACACGGGUGCUGAAAUUGCUGGAGUUUAUUGGGUUCUCUGGUAAUAAGUCUCAGGAGAUGUUUGGCCAGAAACAAUUAGAAGAAGGAUGUAACUUAAGAGAUGGCUUACGUUCUCCACUGUGUGUUAUCAUCCUAUCUGGAUUUCAUACAUACGUUGUGUAUGCUUUAGGUUUAUGUGAUGGUGAUUUAGGAUUGUGUGAAAAGCAUAUCAAGAAGAUGCUUAAGAAAUAUCCAAAGGGAGCACUUUACCUGUUUUGUGAUGCAAGAUUAAAACAACUUCAAGGCAAAGUGGAUGAAGCUAUACAGACAUAUGAUGAUAGCAUUAAAGCACAGCAAGAAUGGAGACAGUUCCAUUACAUGUGCUUCUGGGAGAAGAUAUGGUGUUACUGCUAUAAAUGUGACUGGGUUAAUGCAGCAAAUUGCUGUGAUACCUUGUGUAAGGAGUGUCGCUGGUCACCAGCCACUUAUUAUUACCUCUACGGUUGUUUCCUGUAUAUGCAGAUGCUGGAUGGAAAGACCAGCUUGUUGGAAGAAAUUGUUAACACGUUCAAGAAAGUUCCAGAACUGAAACAGAAAUUUGCAGGGAAAUCUGCACCAAUUGAAAAGUUUUGUGUAAAACGAGCAGAAAAGUUUUUCAGACAGGAUCAACAGCUUACAUUACCUAUUGUGGAAGUACUGUACCUCUGGCAUGGUUUUCCUGUUUUGGCAAAAGCCCCACACCUGUUAAGAGUAUACCUGCACAUGAUUGAGAGCAAUGUUUCCAAAGCAAAAAAAGCCAAAGAAAAUCAUGAAGCUGUGGAUGACUACUAUAUGCUAACAUUAUUGCGUGGUGUUGUUCUGAAAUAUCUUGACUGCCCUCUCCAAGCUGAAGAGUAUUUCAAGGAAAUUGUCAGAAAUGAGAAAGAAAUUAAGGAAGAUUCCUUCAUACCUCCUUAUGCUGCAGGAGAACUUGCCAUUAUGUUUACUGAACAAGGAAGAAAUUCUGAGGCUUCACAAUGGCUUCACUUGGCAAGACACAAUUACCAUGGUUACCUUACUGAAGUUAUGCUUCAUUUUCGACUGCAUGCUGUUCACAAAAAGCUUCAGGCUACAAAUCACUUGUUCACAGAACUUCAAGAAGCUUCAACCCCUUCUCGUCGUCAUUCUCUACAGCAAACAACAGACCAUUAUCUAAUGGUUGAUACUCCGAAAGUCUUAGACUUCUCACUAUCUGGGUUAGAACCAUCACUAGCCAACAAAUCUAAAAAUCAUUUGGCUCCACCCGACUCUCUGAGGUCAGUAGUUGGACAAUAAACAGACCAGUAGAAAUGCUACUCAUGUAGACCUUGAGUAGAUGUUUCGUGAAGUACCAUUGUUGUUCCACAAAUAGGCUAUAUAUUUUUAAUAAAGAUAUAUAUAUUAUAUUGUUGGUUCAACAACAAAUGUAGGCAUCACAACUAUGUGAUAGUGUAUAGUAAUAACAAAUCUUCAGAACAUCUUUGAAAAAUGUUAUCAACAAAUAUCAAAAAAUAUAUAUAUAUGUUACAAACAUAGGAAAUUGCUGUUGGUACUUAGAUGUCUUCCAUGAAUGAUCUAACUGUUUAGUGUUAAAAGCUAAGUUUUUUUGGUUUCAUAUGGACUUUACACUAUUUCCAAGAAACAAUUGUAGUGUAAAACAAGUGAAAUUGGUUUCAAUUUUAUUAUAUAUAGUUUUUUAUGUGUUUGUAAGCAUGUUAAUAAUUCAUGGGGUAAUUGAAAUAAAAAAAAACAUUUGAACAUUAUAUAAAUACAGAUUAUUCUUUAAAAAAUGCAUUAUUUUUUGUUAUUUAGACAAGUAUGCUGUGUUAUAUGAAACAAAAAAUGAUUUUACGUACUUGUUGUAUUAGUUUAGUGUAUCAUUAAAACAUCCAUGUUACUUGACCUAUCUGUCACAUACUCUUUUUGGUUUCUGCUGUUUGACAUAGUUGAAUAAAAUUUUUUAAACCUGAGUUUUGUAUUGCUAUCAUAAAAAGUAUGCUCGAAAUGGGUUAUGUUCUGAUCUGAAAAUGUACUUAUAAAUGUAUAUCUUUAUAAUUCAACUUUGGUGUAAAUUUCCUAAUGGAAAAAUUUUCAAGAAACUCAAACCAAAGUUGAAUUCUAAUUCUUCAAUAAGUGAAAAUCUUUUGAAAAUAUGUCAUCCAAACAAGAAAAUUCCAAUUUGUCAAUAUAAAACAGUAAUAAAUUAACUUAGUAUAACAAAACCUGAUGUAUUGAUCAUAUAGUUUGGAGAUUGCUAUUUUUGAGUUUCUUGUGGUAAACCCAGUUCUAAAAUUUGACUUAUGUCUUUGUUUUCUUAUAUAAUGUUUUAAAAAUAUUACUAAAAAUUAUUGUUUGUUUGUGUAAAUCAUAAAAAAAAAACUUUACAAAAGACAAAACAUAUAUGUCAAAGUUUGUAUGGAGAACAGAUUAAUUAAGAUGUUUCUUUUGAACAUUGGUCACUUGUUUUUGUUGGAAUUAGAAGUUGUGUUCAUAAUAUUAAUACAAUGUAAGGCAAGUUUUGUCAUUGCUUCCAACUUAGAUAUAUUCCUGUCAUGUGUGAUGAACAAGUUAGCUGUGAUAUAUUUACAUUAAUGCUUGUAUACUUAAAACUAAAAGUUAAGUUAAAGUUGUUAGAAUAAACACCUGGGUUUUGUUUCUUAGAUCUAUCACAGACAUUGGAAUAAGGUUAAUAUUUCUCAUUUCCUCAACUUCAACACAAUUUUUGGUUCAUAAUAAUAACUCACUCUAAGCAAAAAUAAUAAAAUGAAUUUGUAAGCCAAACAUAAGAGUUGAAAAGAUAAGAUAAAGAGAUUAAGGUAAAAAAUGAAGGUCUUGUAAGCAGGUCAUUAAACUUUUUGUUUUCACAUUCAUUUUCUUCUCUUUUUUUUUAAAUAUUUUUCAUCAUAUUUUAGCUCUUAUUGCAACGACAUAGGCACAAAUUGCCACUCUAAUUACGAAUAUUUUAGGGGGAACAUGCAUCUGAACCCCUAGUUUCUAAUAUGCUUGAUUCAUUUCCAGUUUUGCCCCCACACACCCAUAUUUUGCCUCCAACACUUGUGUAAAGUGUUUAGGUCUAUUUUUCAAAACCAGUGGCUCAGUGGUAAGCCUAAAGGCUAAUAUUGUUGCAAACUGGGUUUCAA